UUGCGGUAAACACCUGCAACUAAGCUUACAGAAACAGGUUGAGAAGUAAAGAACAGAAAUGUCUACCUCCAUGUCUGGAUCCGGCUAAAAACACCUCUCAGCUAACUAUCCUAUCGGCAACUUCAAGCACCAAUUCACUACUGAUGAUUGUAACUAAGGAAUAAGCUGAUCUCCUAUCUCACUUGGGCAAAAAUUAUUUACUAACUUGGAGGCUGGUUUAGUAAAACCAGUUACACAAUUGUAUCAGACUGGCUGUUUGAUGAAAUUUUGAAGACCUGUCACUUCCUCUUGCGAAGACUAUAAAUCUUGCUACUACCAAAAAAUUAAAUAGUUCUAAAAGAAGAGACCAUCCCUUGCCAGCCAUUGAAGGAAAGAAAGGUCCACCGACUCGUCCUACUGUUGCAAUGCCUUGUCUGCUAUGCCCGUCUCUCUUGUGCUGCCUCCUCCUCCUCCUCCUUCCCUUUCCAUUAGGCUCCAUUUCUGCUUCUAAAGGAGACACAGUGGUCAGAACUAGCAGUGGCCCCAUUAAGGGCAAGCAGUUCCUGGCUGGCCUUGGAUCUGUGACAGCCUAUCUAGGCAUUCCUUAUGCUGAGCCUCCCCUGGGGAAGUUGCGUUUCCAGAAACCUCUUCCACAUCCGCCAUGGAAGCAAACAUUGGAAGCCACCAGUUUUGGCAAUUCCUGUUCUCAAUUUAUUUUCCGGGAUGUCCCUGAAGCAGAUAUGUGGUCUUCUAAAACACUACUGUCAGAAGAUUGCCUUUCCCUCAACAUCUGGGUGCCACAGCCACAACCUUCUUCCCCAGUCCCUGUUUUGGUCUGGAUACACGGAGGGAGUUAUGCAUUCGGCACAUCUUCUCUGGAGUUGUUCAACGGGGCAUCCUUGUCUGCUGCUGAGAACAUCAUUGUGGUCACCAUCAAUUAUCGCUUGGGAGCCCUGGGCUUUCUGUACUUGCCACCAGCGGCUCCAGGGAACCUAGGCUUAUGGGACCAACAGCUGGCCCUGAAGUGGGUAAAAGAGAAUGCAGCUGCCUUUGGGGGAGAUCCUUCUCGGGUGACCAUUUUUGGCCAGAGUGCUGGAGGAUCUUCUGUGAAUUUCCAUCUUCUUGCACCAAAAAGCCAGGACCUUUUUGCCCAAGCAGUGAUCCAGAGCGGAACAGCCAAUGCCUAUUGGGCUUGGAGGUCUCCUGAGGAAGCUGAACAAAAAUCACUGGAAUUUGUUCAUCUGCUAGGUUGUUCAGAGGACAACAAUAUCAGCAUAGUGCAUUGCCUGCAAUCAAAAAAUGUUUCUGAACUUAUUCGGCAUGAAAUAUCUCUGUUCUUGAAAGGUGGCUUCCUUUUGAAUUUUCCCUUCAGGCCAACCACAGAUGGAGAGUUUUUGCUUGGUGAUCCAGAAAAGCUCAUGGAGGAGGGGCAAAUUCAGGUCAAACCAGUCCUCAUAGGUGAAACCUCUGAUGAAGCGGCUUCUUAUGUCCACUCUGUUUUCCCUAACACCACCCACAAUCUCAUCAAUCAAGAGCAGCUUCUGAAAGGGAUACAGCUGUUGGCGCCAAAUGCAACUGAAGAUUUUAUUCGGACUAUUGCACUGAAGUACAGUGAAGGAAAUCACGGCCCAGCAAAAUACCGCUCUGCUCUGUCCCACUUCUAUACAGAUCGGAUAUUUGCAUGUCCAUUGAUUGAAACUACAAGAAAUAUCAGGAAAACUGGGAGUCCUGUAUAUGCCUAUUUAUUCGCACAUCGCCCUUCAUGGUCAGUUUGGCCUGAAUGGAUUGGAGCAACUCACGGUGCUGAGAUUCCUUUUGUUUUUGGAACCCUUGAAUCUACGCUGCCUUUCAAUCAAACAUACACAGAGGCUGAAGCCAGGCUGAGCCAUAAGAUGAUGCAUUACUGGGCAGAGUUUGCCAGAACUGGGAAUCCCACUGGGUCAGCAGCCAGCAAGGAUAAGUGGCCACUCUAUAAUGCCACAAAGCAGAAUUUCUUCCUUCUUAAUACUGAGCCAUUCCAGGAAAGGGUGAAAGAGCACUGUGAUUUUUUAAAGAGCCUUUUUUCAAAGGCUGAAGAGACACAGCAGUCAGAAAGUGAUUCUGUUUCAUCGGACUAGGAAGAAGACAGCAGGAAUCAAUCAAGAUUUAUCUUUAAAGCCUGGGCAAAUGAUGACAAGCUGCACCAGAGAACCUUCCAGAAGCAUCCAUUGUCCUUUCAGGGACUGACUGGUGGGAACUUGGAAGACAAAUAAGGAGACGACUAAAACCCACAUCACUUUUGCUGUUAAAAUAAUAAAUUGCUAGGAGUAAUUUGUUAUAUCUUGAUUUGAGAGAGGAGUUUAAUCAAUCCUGCUCCCUCAAAAAAGAACCUAGUAAUAAAUACUGUUUGACUUCUUAGGAUAAAAAUCAUUUUAUUUUCACAAUGAAGGGAAAUAGUAACAAGGCUAUGAUAAAUAAUAGUAGAAUAUAAUAUACUGGAAUACUAAAAUUAGUAGAAACUUGUUAUUCUGUAAACAUUUGUUUCCUGUAGCACAUAUAUAUGCUACAUUAUGCCUUUGCAUUUGUAUUUCCUAUAAAUAACUUCCUGCAAGAAAGAUAUGUUCUAUUAGGCCUCUGUAAAGUAUCUGGAAUUUGUCAAACGUAUGUUCCUGCCAUCAAUCUGAAUCCACAUCAGUCUUAUUCCUGUUUUUCUCCUGCCAUCCAAAGCCUGGUACUUAUCUUGGUUUGGUGCUGUAUACAUCAUCCGGGGGAUAACUUACACCUCAGCCCUAAUUUACACCUUUGAUCUGUGUUGUUGGGCGCUCAGUUUCCUUCCCUGCAGCACCAGGGGGCCUAGUGGCCAAUUGGGAGAACAAAGGAAUACUCAAGGAUAAAUAAGAGGCAUCUAUCCUUUGCAGGGCUAUUGGAUACAAACCUAAAUUAGGAGGCAGCAAUUGGGGACUUAACUGGUGUUUCUAACAGUAUAAAAAGGAUGCCAUACCUUCUCUGAGGUGUGGCCUUUCCUUACAUAUCUCUUUUUGUAUAUGUUUACCCAGCUUUUUACUUUUGAUUAAAAUUAAACACUGAUUCUUUCUCA